UUAGCUGACAUCAAUAAUGAAUCUGCCAGCCAUUGUGUUCUCACUGUUUGCGUAUACCUUGAUUACUGCAUGCUCACGUCUUGAGUUCCGUUUAGUCAGCUUGAAGUUUGACCUAGCAGGAUCAUAUUGGAUUGGUAACUUCUCUCGUGACGAGCCCGGAACUGACCAACCACCGGAGGGACAUGUUCUUUGAAGAAGCACCGCAUCGUGAACAGACCCCUUGACAUGUCAUUAUUCCAUGCUUUCACACACCAUCUGUCGUUCUAUGUCAGGAAGGCAUUUCAGGAGCCCCGCUAUCUAACACGAGGGACCGGCGAAUUUUCGACGCCGGAGUCCCUUACGCUUCAAGACUGUUAUAUCUACAGGUCGUCAACAGAAUCUAAGUUUACCACCAUAUUCACCAUGUCUGGUACCAUCACUCAGACCCCUCUCUACGGCGGUAACCAAGGCGAUGCUUUUAAUGAUAUGAACAUUUCUGGUUGGCCGGCUACACAGACGAUCGAUAAGAUCUCCGAGAUUGUCGUCCGCCACGGAGGCAUUGUUGACAAUGUUACCGUCACCUGUACUCGCACAGGCGGGCUUGCUCCCGAAACUCGAUCGCACGGCGGAACUGGUGGGAAUGCAACUACUGUUACCCUCAGUGACACUGAGUUUCUUGUUGGCGUCUACGGUCAGUAUGGCUUCGUGCGUGAGGAUUGGGGUCCUUGCAGCAUUCAUAAACUGCAACUUGUGAUUCUUGACAAGGCACGAGGAAGUGUUCGUGUUGAAGGCCCCUUCUCGCAAGGCACAGGCAUAGUAGGAACUCCCUUCUGUGUCACUGGCGAAGUGCUUGCCCUCGCCGGUUAUGAUAAGGAGAGCACUGCUCGCCCUCAACGUUACCUCCAAUCCUUGUCGUUCUUUGGCCCUUCCAACGACUUCGACUAAUCUGGAAGCUGUUCGACGUUCAAGCUUUCUGUCACGUUUUCACUGGGUGACAGAGCCAUGACAAUAUCAUGAUGUCAAGACUGAAUAUAGAAUGCACCUAUGCAUCGUACCUGUAAUUGCGUGUUUGUCUUAACAAUUGAUCACAAGUGCUUGUGUUCAUGAUGAGAGAUCGUGAAAUUUUAGAGUACUUAAGAUCAAUAUUGACUUGA